AUGGGGGAGCUGGGAGCGCAGACGAUAUGGAGACGUGUUGGAAUCCUGCUCAUGGAGGGGGAUGAAUGGGGGAAUACAGACAGAGAAGUCGAGGCCGCCGUCAGAGAGUUCGUGCCCGGGAGACGAGGUCCUGUCCCGGGAGCCAGCCCCUCGCGAGGACGAGGCUUCGAGUCGAGGGCGGCGCCCCGGGACAGGACGACCGCAACCCCGAGGAGCAACUCCAUCCCACACCAGCGGCGCCCCUGGACCGGGGGGAGGGGCGGGCGCGUGACGUCAAGCCCCGAGCGCCGCGCCGCCAUUGGCCGGGAGCACGCAGCUGUGAGCCGCGGGACGAUGGCAGCCCUGGGAGGAGAGACCCCGGCCGCCGCAAGGGACGGGGAACAAAGAGCAGUGAGUCGCGACUCCUCUAGGAGCGCGGCGCAGCUGGUGACCCUGGGGAAGGGAGGGGGCAGACCUAGACGCGCCAUCGACCGGCGACCCGGCUACGUGCGCCGGGAUGUGCGGCUAAGGAUGUCCGGCUCGGGGGAGCGCGAGGCUCGCUCUGUCGCGCUGGAGAAGGCCUACGUGCACGAGGUGUAUGAGCAGAUCUGCGUGGAGCCGCGCCCCGCACGCCGCGACCGCCCCUGGCCCCGGGUGUCCGAGUUCCUCGCCGGGCUCGAGCCGGGCUCCGUCGUCUGCGACGUGGGGUGUGGGAACGGCAAGUAUCUGAACGUGAACCCUUCGGUGUUCAAGAUCGGCGCCGACCGCUGCCACUCGCUGGUCAGCUCGGCCAGGAAGAAGAACCACGAGGUGCUGGCGUGCGACAACCUGAGCCUGCCGUUCCGCGACGAGAGCUUCGACGCCGUGCUGUCCGUGGCGGUGGUGCACCACUUCGCGACCACGGAGCGGCGCGCGGGCGCGAUCCGCGAGCUGGCGCGCGUGCUGCGCAUCGGCGGCCGCCUCGUCAUCACCGUGUGGGCCAUGGAGCAGCGCCACCGCAAGUUCGAGUCGCAGGACGUGCUGGUGCCGUGGCACCGCCAGCAGCACCCGGGAGCGCCGCUGGACCUCUGCUCGGCCACCACCACGGCCUCCGAGGAGGACGCCCCGGGACCCCGCCCCUCGCCGGGGGACCCCACACCCUCCCCCAGGCACUGCGCCGGCCAGAAGAAGGGCGGCAGUGGCCGGCACAGGAGCCGACACGAAGACAGCGAGCACACAGAUUCUCCGGGCAGCUCCGGCCUGUCCAGCCCCAACGAGACCUGCUACAGCUUCGUGAGGCGCGCCCUGCAGAAGCUGGCCGGCACCAAGACGCGCGCGCGCGUGCGCCCCUGGUUCCUGGAGUCGUGGGGCUCGCGCACCAAGGAGCCCCCGCCGCAGCGCCACGACCCGGAGGGCUGCGAGGACAUCCAGGACCUGCCCAUCGAGCUGCGGCGCCUGGAGGACGAGCCACAGGAGGCGGCGCCGCGACGCCAGGAUCCCGCCGCCGCCGCCGCCGCCGCCGCUGCGCUGGGCCACAAGUCCCAGAGCCUGACGGACAUCCCGGCGCCGGGCGGGCGCGCCAUGGUGCGGUCCCGCUCCAGCGUGCCGAGCCUCAGCUCGCUGCCCGCCCCCGCCGCCGCUCCCGAGCCGCCCGCCCCCGCCGCCGCCGCCCCCAAGCCCAAGCUGGUGAAGCAGAAGAAGUCCAUCUGCGAGGAGGACAUGGAGGAGGAGGGCCGCGACGAGCCCACGGACAUGAGGAACCUCGUGAAGGCGCUGCCCGAGUUCCAGGUGGCGGGCGCGACGCGGCGCUGCGGCGGCGUGUUCAAGCAGAGCUCCAUGAACGAGGAGCUCAUGUCCACGGAGAGGCUGAGGGAGAAGGAGCGGGUGCGGCAGAACAUCCAGAAGCAGGCGUCGCUCAACGAGGAGCUCAUCUUCCGCAGGAACCGCACCUUCGACUCGCUACGCGACUCCUUCCUCUCCACGUCCACGGCGAAGCGGUUCCAGAUCCUCGCGAGCAAGCUGAAGAGCUCCACCACCGGCAUCGAGAAGGUGGCGGGGACCUCGUUCAAGAACGGCUUCGUGAGGAUCCUGCAGGGCUGGAAGGGCGGCGAGGCGGCGCCGCAGCCGGAGACGUCCCCCGGCGAGCAGGCGCCGUCGAGCGCGGCGCCGCCGGACAGCAAGAGGACGGGCUCCAGCUCCUCCAACAGCGGCGACGACAAGAAGGACGGCGCGCGCAGGCACUCCCGGGAGGACGGCUCCGACUCGUCCAAGGACAGCAGCCUGCAGAGCGACACCAGCGUCGACUCAGAGGACAGCUUCGCCUCCGUCAUCUUCGUGCCGAAGCAGGAGUCGCUGCAGAGCGACCCUGGGCCCGGCUCGCCGGCUCCGACGACGUCUCCCAAGUCCUGCCAGGCACCGCCCACCUCGCCCAAGACCAGCCAGUCGGCCCCCACCACCCCCAAGAGCCUCACUUCUCCGAGCGCGAAAACCACGCCCUUGGCUUCUGCGGGCGCGAGAUCUACAUCCCUGACCUCCCCGAACACGAAACCUCCUUCCCUGACUCCCACGAAGGCCAGUCCAGUCACCCUGACUUCGCCCGCAGAUUCCCAUCCGCACCUGACCAAGCAGAAGUCUGAGUCGGCGACGUCACCCUCUUCUGGAGUCCCCCUUCCCCUUGCGCCUUGUCCGUCCAAGCAGAAGCCUGCUGCUGAGCCAGAGAAGAAAACCAGCCCGCCCCGGCCUGCCAAAUCCAGUCAGUUCCAAGACCUGCUCAGCGUGAAGCCAGCACCAGUGAUAUCACGAGUGGCAGCGGCGGGCGUGUCAUCGCGGUCCUCACUGCCGCUGGUUCGACGGGCAUCCACGGCCAUCCAGGGCCGCCCAGACCGGCCACUGCCGCGCCUGCUGUCCCUCGAGCUGUUCAACCCGGAGACAGACGACAUGGACAGCGACUCGAGUGGCGUGUCGUCGCCCGACUCGGUGGGCAGUGUCGUCAGCGUACUGGGGGACGCGCGCUUCACCGCAUAUCUUUUCAUGGUAUUCCAAGUCUUUAUGUUGUUCACCUGUUUUGUAAAAAAUAUUGGAAAAUAUAGCAAGAUCAACUGUUUUGGACCGAUAAAACAUAACCUAAACAACUUUGUGUAUCCAAUCAUGUGUUUUAUCAGCAGAAAGGACCGGCCCCAGCUGGCGGUGGGGGAGGAGCCCCGGGGGCUCAGCCUGCUGGAGGCGGCGGCGGACGUGGCCAGCAGCCUGGAGGAGACGGUGGACGCCGUGAUCCGGGCCAGCCCGCGGCCGGGCGCCGGCGAGGACUCCUGGGACGAGGGCUGCCGCCGCCACCUGGCCGACUUCGCCGACAAGCUGAGCGAGAAGCUGCUGGAGGAGAUCGACCAGUACCGGCGGCAGACGGGGCCCGACCCGGCGGGCGACCCCUACCUGGAGCGCCUGAGCGAGGAGCUGAGCGACCUGACCCGCCUCAGCGAGGAGCUCCAGGAGGGGAAGUGCCGGGCGGCCGUCCCGACGGAGGCGAGCGCCAAGCAGCUUCGCGCCGACGCCUCGGUGGAGUCGCCCGGCACCGCCUCGCUGGCCAGCGACUGCAGCAAGGACCUGCGCUUCGCUGACCGCCGGACGGCGCGCUGCGACGGCCGCUCCUCCUCGGAGGAGGCCGGCCGCGAGGGUCCCGCCGGGACUCCCGGGGACGCCUCGCUCAGCGCGUCCACCUCGCAGGAGUCGCUGCCCUCCGACGGGCGGGGGGGCGCCCUCACCUUCCACAGGUACUACCACGUGUUCCGGGAGGGCGAGCUGGACCGGCUGAUAGAGCGCCACGCCGAGAACCUGCACAUCAUCUCGUCGUACUACGACCACGCCAACUGGUGCGUGGUGGCCGAGAAGGUGCAGGUGUGGACGAUCUGAUACCUCGCUCCCUUCCUACACCGGCACGGACGACACUCUAGUGAGUUUAAAAAAACUAUAUUUUGCGAAUAAUGCCAAAAAAAACAUUUGCAAAAAAAAAAAUAGAAUCCAAUGCCUCUUCAAGUAUACUGUACAGGUACGAGAGAAGACGAAAACAAAGCAUAUUUAUUUGAAUGGAUGUGUGUGUGUGUAAAUCACCUAAAAAAAAUACUCGGUGAAUGCUUGUAUUUAACUAUCUGCAGAACAAUAGGCUAUCCUAUGGAUAACUUAUAACUAUUCAAGUAGUCGGUGCAAUUAUUCUUUUUAAAAAUAAAGCAUAACUUGCAGUUAAAAGUGUUUAAAACAUUUGGCAUCAUCUUGAUGUCUCGUCAACAUAAAAAAUGUUUAAGUAUUAUCUAGCUAUCAUUCGAUUUAUUUUGUAAAUAGGUAAGAUUUUUGGUACAACACCACUGUAGCAAUUGUUCAUGUUAUUUCCGUAUUUUUUUUUAGUGAUGGUGUUCUCUAUCGUAUCAUAAAUGUUCGAAAAAAUAUGUCAGUUUUCUGCUGGUUGAAAUUACAGUGAGAUAUAUUUUUGUAUGUAAUUUUUAACUCAAAACUUUUUCUGAGGCAUAAACGUUCCUGAUUUGUCUAUACUGUUUAUGUUUACCCGAUGUUAGAAUGGAGCACAAAUCUAUUGCAGAGUUUUUGUUGUUAGCAUUUAUUGUCAUACAUAGACCAAAAAUGUUUGUAUGCCAACUAGUUUAAACUGAUGUGUGAGCACAACUAUAUUUUACUAGUUAUUACAGCUUACUAUUAAAGUCAUAAUCUGCUAAUAAUUUCACUCAAUUUCAUUCGCAGAUAGAAUUAUUUUUUGCACUAUACACAAAAAAAGCCAUGAAAAUUCAUUUAUUUUAUCGGUUUAAAUGUUAAUUUAUACUUGAGAAUUUUUUUUUCCUGCCAUAUAAAAUUUCUUAGAACAGUUUCAUAGUCUUUGAGUCACAUCAUGAGAAGAAAAAAUUUAACUUACAACUGAUUUUAUUUAACAGCAAGAGUUCAUUAUGUAAAAUACGAAUAAAUAUAAGUUUAUUUCAUUAAGAUACUAAUAAUGUGUUCGAAUUGGCAGAUAUUGGGUUAGUGAUUUAUUUAUUAAAUUUGUUUUUUAUAUUAACAUAUUCACUACUUUGGUUUUAAAUUUUACAAUAAAAGCAUAUGUAUAUCUCUGAAUUGUUGGAACCCUUUCAGUUAGGCAUAGCAGGUAGUAGAGGUGGGACGAUACCACACUUUCGAUACUUGAUUCUGUAUUGUUUUUUCAGUUUGAUACUUCGAUACUUUCGAUACUCCAGGGAAAAAUAUUUUCCCAUUAAGUAACAAUUAUUACAAAUAACAUAAAUUAUUUUUAAACUAUAUUAAUUCAAUCUAUCAUACCAGCAUUAUGUCAGAUUAAACUUAAAUACCUACAUAAUGUGUAAAUAAUUGCAUUAUAUUAAUGAAAGAUAUGAAUUCAUCAUAUAUACAUAUAAUAAAACCACCAGAAAUGUAAAAUACAGUCCAUAAUCAAGUAAAGCUGACAUGAGAAACAGUGGCCUUACAAAAUGUUUGAAGUC